GCGGCGGAGGCGGCUCCAGCAGCGUCGCCGGCGGCCGCGGCAGAAGCGCCCUGGCCCGCGGCAGGAAGAAGAAGAAAAAGAAGAAAAAGAAGCAGCCCUCAGCCUAUGAAGACCGCGAAGACGCUCGGGACUCGCAGUGCCCGCCGCCGCUGCCACUGCCUUUGCUGGUUGCCUGACCCCGUCUGCCCGACAUCUGGCAUGAACCUUGCUCCUCGGUGGCUGUGUCUGGACUAGAGCCAGGCAUUCUGGAUUCCGUGGGCUUGCUCGCCGUCGCCAGCGUGUGAACCAGUGGGAUGGUGAAAUGAGAUGAGGCUCCGCAAUGGAACUGUGGCCACGGUGUUAGCUUUUGUCACCUCCUUCCUUACCCUGUCCUGGUACACCACCUGGCAAAAUGGGAAAGAAAAACUAAUUGCUUAUCAACGGGAGUUUCUUGCUCUAAAAGAGCGUCUUCGAAUAGCGGAGCAUAGGAUAUCUCAACGGUCCUCUGAGCUGAAUACCAUCGUCCAGCAGUUCCGCCGUGUAGGAGCGGUCACUAAUGGAAGUAAGGCUGCACUGGAUACGUUUUCAGAUAAUACCAUAAAGCUACUAAAGGAGUUGACAAGCAAAAAAUCCCUUCAAGUGCCAAGUAUUUAUUAUCAUUUGCCUCAUCUAUUGCAAAAUGAAGGAAGCCUUCAGCCUGCGGUGCAGAUUGGCAAUGGAAGAACCGGAGUUUCAAUAGUAAUGGGAAUUCCUACCGUGAAGAGAGAAGUCAAAUCUUACCUCAUAGAAACCCUACACUCCCUUAUUGAUAAUCUGUAUCCUGAAGAGAGGCUGGACUGCGUUAUAGUUGUCUUCAUAGGAGAGACAGAUCUUGAUUAUGUUCACAGCGUUGUAGCCAACCUGGAGAAAGAAUUUUCUAGAGAAAUUAGUUCUGGCCUGCUGGAAAUAAUCUCCCCUCCUGAAAGCUAUUAUCCUGACUUGACAAACCUGAAGGAGACAUUUGGAGACUCCAAGGAAAGAGUGAGAUGGAGAACCAAACAAAACCUGGAUUAUUGCUUUCUAAUGAUGUAUGCUCAGGAGAAGGGCAUCUAUUACAUUCAGCUUGAAGAUGAUAUUAUUGUCAAACAAAACUAUUUUAAUACCAUAAAAAACUUUGCACUUCAACUCUCUUCUGAAGAAUGGAUGAUUCUGGAGUUUUCCCAGCUUGGUUUCAUUGGAAAAAUGUUUCAGGCGCCAGACCUUACUCUGAUUGUGGAGUUCAUCUUUAUGUUUUAUAAGGAGAAACCCAUUGACUGGCUCUUGGACCACAUUCUCUGGGUGAAAGUCUGCAACCCUGAAAAAGAUGCUAAACAUUGUGACAGACAGAAGGCAAAUCUACGAAUCCGCUUCCGACCCUCCCUUUUCCAGCACGUGGGUCUACAUUCAUCACUGUCGGGGAAAAUUCAGAAACUCACGGAUAAAGAUUACAUGAAACCAUUGCUUCUCAAGAUCCACGUCAACCCACCUGCAGAGGUCUCCACUUCCCUGAAGGUAUACCAAGGACACACACUGGAGAAGACCUACAUGGGUGAGGACUUCUUCUGGGCCAUCACCCCCACAGCUGGUGACUACAUCUUGUUUAAAUUCGACAAGCCAGUCAACGUAGAAAGUUACUUGUUCCACAGUGGCAAUCAAGAACACCCAGGAGACAUCCUGCUAAACACAACAGUGGAGGUCCUGCCUCUGAAGAGCGACAGUUUGGAAAUCAGCAAAGAGACCAAAGACAAGCGAUUAGAAGAUGGCUAUUUCAGAAUAGGAAAAUUUGAGUAUGGUGUUGCAGAGGGAAUCGUGGACCCUGGUCUAAACCCUAUUUCAGCCUUUCGACUUUCAGUUAUUCAGAAUUCUGCUGUUUGGGCCAUUCUUAAUGAGAUUCAUAUAAAAAAAGUCACCAAUUGAUCUUCUAAGAAACCAUCACAUCCUUUCCUAUGACUGUCAAUUAAAGAUAGUUAGCACGGCCUUUUCUGUUGGGACUUGAACACUACCUCUCGGGAAACUACUGCAGAGAAAUGAUUGCCAUUUCCACUCAGACAGGGACUCUUCCCAUGACAACUGCAUUCAUUGGAAACUAAGCUGUCCUCCAAUUUGAACUUGACACAAACAUUUUACAAUUCUGACAGCCUGUUAAUACGACUGGGACUAUUUUGGUAUUAUACUAAUACAUAAGAGUUGUACAUAUUGUUACAUUCCUUAAAAUUUGAGAAAACUAAUGUUAAAUACAUUUUGUGAAGGGGGUACUUUUGAAGUUCAUUUAUUUUACUAUUAUAGACCCUCUUUUAUAGAUGAUCAGGGAUUAUAUAUAUAAAUAUAAAUAUAUAAAUACACAAAGAUGUUAUGGAGUUAAUUUAUUAGAAACACAGUAAGAAGUACAUAUUUUUGUGCAGUAAAUUUUUGAAUCAAUACCUUUUUUUUAAGAAGCGGUUCCCUGGCUUUUUUAAGUUCUUUCUAUAAUUUUUUUUUUUUUGGAGAUGCAGACAUUACAGAUCAAUGCCAUGUUUUCCAGUGCACUGCCGUUCCAGAUUGGUUCUCGAUGGGUUUCUUAACUUGAAGUACUUUUAUAAUCACAGCAAUUCUGAACAAACUAUUUCCAGAGGCAUUUGUCAUUCCUUAAAGCCAAGAUUUUCAAAGACCGUGUCCUCUUGAGGGUUCUCUUAUUGUACUGUGUAUGGUGUGUAGUCACAGAAAACCAGUGUGAUCCCCAGUGUCCAAGUGGGAGGUCCCUGUCUGAGUCUCCACACGCAGAAUCCUUCAGGUUUCCUCUGGUGUGGGUAAUGAGACUCCUUUCCUUUUUAACCUGUCUUUAACCAAUAGUUAGACACCUUGUCUCUUUUGUCCUUUUAUACCCGUGUUUGGUUUGGGAGUUCAGACAUUGUUUUCUAGGUAAUGCUGUUGUGUGAAUCAUAAUGGGUAUAAUUUUAAAACCAAAACUGUGCUGUGGGGCUCUGGUGAAAGGUAAUUGUAGCGCUUGAUGUUUCCACGGAAUGAUAUGCUAUUCUGUAUCAUGAACUUGGAAGUAAAUGCUGUGUCCACAGAGUACUUAUGCCUCCUUACCCUGCAGUCCCACAUAGGACCAGCUUGUAAAAGUGCUUUACAGUUAGGAAGGCUGAGCCAGUCUACUCUGGUGAUCCAGGGGCUGCAGAUGUCCAGCAGAUAGGUAGAGGCCUAGAGCUAUGGGAGGUCCUAGCUGGCAGCCUCCAGCCUGGAGCUUUCUUAGUUGCCUAGUGGAUGGGACACAUAACACUAAACAGUUAUUUUGCAUGCCAUGUUCUGACUGGGAAAAUAUAGAUUUUAAAUACUACUGUGCUCUGUGUCAAAGCCCUGCUGAAGUUUUUCUUGGGGUUUUGUAAAUUUCCCUCUCACUUCCUUCAACUUUUUAUUUUCUUCUCAGACCUCUUAAGCCCAUUUCCUAAGACACAAGCAAAUCCCUUUGAUUGAGCAUUGUCCUCACACACUAAAUGACCGCUAAAGCAGCAGCGUCACAGAUGGUGAGACCAUGCGGAUGGGCACGGGCUCCCUGAGGGCUCUGAUUGAAAAGCUAGCGGGAGACCAAUGCAGCCCGCCACCGUUUGAAUGGCCCCACAUGGUUCUUUGUGCUCAUCUUCUCUCUCAAACUCCACUCACCCCUCUUGCUACUAGGGACCUUUGUAGCCAAGCCUUUUCCUUCAUUCAGGGAAUCUCUCGCUUUUCUCCAUGAGCUUAUUCCCAGUGCCUAGAACAUGCCCGGGCCUUGGCAGGCUCUGUUGGCAUCUGAGUGAGUCAUUUCUCUCUUAGCUGUUUGCCUGCCAUCCUUGCCAUGCAUGGGCGCGCACACACACACACACACACACACACACACACACACACACACACGCACGCACAGUGUCUAGUUUUCCUUUGUGUUCUCGGACACACUCCAUGCUCUGGAGCCUGGCUCUCCUCCUGUCUUCCACCACAGCCAGUGCUCAUCUGACCCUGUGUCUGUCGCUCCCUCCGUUGUGCCCAGUACAGCACUAGACAAUCGAAGCAGAUGUGCUUUCCCUAAGCCAGAAGUUUUAGUGGGAGCCCUGGAGGUUGGCGAGAGUGAAGCUCAGAGGAGGGAAGCCAGAGUGCCUAGAACUGCAAGGUGGACUCAUACCUCAGAGGCCACCAACCCACUUUCCCCUGAAUAGUGAAUGGAAAAAGUGCCAAAUGCAGUACUAAUUAUAUCUGUAAAAUAGGUCAUGGUUGGCAUCUGGUAUGCAUUUCAGAUAAAUUAGACUCUAGAGUAGUGCUGGCCUCUACAGAAGGCACAAAGCACAUGGCAGCUGUUGAAAUUGAGUCCUGUGCCCACAAGCUCAGUGGCCACAUGUGGCCAGCAGCCACCAUAUUGUAUCUGAGGAAUAUGGGACAUUGUCAUCACGGUGGGAGGUUCUGCCAGCCACCAUGGCGCCAAGUGUAAAUAUGAACAUUGUAGAAAGAAGGAGUAAUGCAUCCUGCUGCUGUGAUUGAAAGUAGACCUGUGGAUUCAUCAUAGUCCAGGUAAAGGUGCAUAUUUUGGUGAGAAGGCCAAGAUUGCCUGGCUCGGUGUUGGCAUCUUUCCCAGUAUGCAUUGUAUCUGUCUUUAAGAGGUAUGUUUGAUUAGAAGGCAUGAGGAAGAGUGAAUGUAGAUGGGUGAUUUAGCUUGUAGUCUAGAUGUGUGUGUACCCAUUGGGUGUGCUUAAACAAAAGUUCUCAGUGGUUUUUUAAAUCAUUGGUUUCAUGUCAAAGAUCAGGUGUGCUUAUUUCAAAAGCUGUCAGGAAAGUGGUAGACUAGAGUUCUUUUUAAGUCUUUCAUACUCAUGAAAAAUAAAGUUCUUAACAGUGAUAUCCCUUAAAGAAAAGUGUGGCUUUGUGGGAAGGUAUGUUCGGAAGGUCAUCCCAGUUAAUAGUGUGUAUUUGUGGUAUGCAGGAUUCUAAGAAUGACACUCCCAUGAUCUUAUAUAAUAUCCUCCCCUUCUCAGUGUAGCAAGAGCUGCGGCCAUGACCCAGGGUCAUGUCUUGUUACUUAGCAAAAGGGAGGUUAUCUGUGGGUGACCGAUCCAAUCUUGUGAGCCAUGUCAGGCUAGUAGAAGUGGGAGAGAAAGCAGUAACAGAACUCUGAAACACCAUGGCAUGGAAGGGGCACCCAGAAGGACUGCAGGUGGCCUGCCUUAAUGAGGAAGUAGGAGCUGCAGUUCUUUUCCACAGGACAACUUCACCUGCAUACUUACCCCAGGCUUGGAAAUGGACAUCUUCAGAUGAGCGGCCAGCCUGGCAAGCACUUUACUGCAGCUUUGUAAGUGGGGCCCUACCCAGACAGCCCAGGUAAGCCUUGCACAACAGAGAUAAUAAAUGGUGGUGCUGUAAGUGGCUAGAUGUGUGGUGUUUUGUAACAAGCAACAGAAAAAGAAUUUAAGACAGUUUUGAGAAGUCUUCAUAUUUGAUUGCCUGUAGUAGGUUACUUUUUUUUUAAAGACAUAUUUUUUGAUAGACAUACAGAAUAAACUCAUUCCUACCAAGUCUCAUUCCUGGGUCUUAGCUGGAAUGUUCUGUGCCAGAGACCCCCAUCUCCACUACAGGUUAGAUUUGUAUUUGUGUUUUGUAGGACAGCUGCCAGGAUGAGACUGUGGGUUUGGGAGCAUCUUUUUCUCCUGGAUGAGGUUAAAGUACACUGACUCAAGGGCCUGUCAGAAGUACUUGAAAGAGUGAUGAACCUUGGUAUUUUAGAUCAGAUUGAAAAGAAGAAAAAUUCCUGCCUUUAUGUUCACUCCCAGGCAUGUCCAGCCUUCUGACACUGCAGCAUGGCGCUGUCAUCUAGAGUUCACACUCGAGAACAAUACAAACAGAAAAGGAAAAUGUUAAGCUUUAAAUUUACAAUUUUGUAUUGUGCCAUUCAUUGCUGUCCUGGGCCAUGGGCUGAACAUAUCUGCUAGAGCUUAGGCUCUGAUAAGUAAUUUUUAAAAAUUACUUAGUUCAAUAGCUAGCUAGCACAGCGUAAACCCUGGAUGUACCAACCAAGGCUUUGUAUUUAGAUGCUUGUCAAAAUACUUGUGAUUCCAAGCCAUUCAUUGCUAGCGAAGUUUAUUUUUAUUUGGUUCACUCAUAUGUGCUUCUUAUUAUUUUUUUUUUU